UUCACUUUGGAAAACAACAGUGGCGCUUGCAAGGGGAAACACGUUCUUCAAAUAAUCAAGUUAUUAUUUGGAAUAUUCACCUGCCGAUUAUCUGAAAAUAUAAUGUUAUUUAUUUUGUUAGUGUAGUGCGUGCUGGAAACUGUGAGAGAUUUCUGUUGUCGGUAGGAACUUAACCACGGCGACUGCUCGUUUCUAUAAGGAAAAAUAUAUGACGCACCGUAAUGCCGCAUGUGGCCUCUCAAUAAUUGAGGGUCACAAAUAAUUGCUUUGUAAGACUAACGUACUUUGACGUGUUUAUAAUACGACCAGUGUGAUGACCCUCGGUGUUUGUAUCUUAAAUCUCACCAGUGGAUUUCUGAACUGAUCACAAGAGGAACUCAAAUGGCUGUACCAAGAACAACAUUCAAAACUCUGUUUGGAGUUCAUAAUGUCAUUAACAGACAGUCAUUUCCACCCAUCCUCACCUGCUCUAUACUGAACACCAGGAGUGUCUAUGAACGAGAUUACCGCAGACCAGGCCAGCCAUUGGACACCCGCUGGCCCUGGCAAAAAAUACGCUUUGAUUUCUCUAAAGGCGUGGAUGGUAUUAAGAAGCAGUUUUGGCUGUUACAUGAUGAAUUUGUCCAGCGCUGGACUGGGCCAAAGGGAAAGCCAUUAAUAGAGCAUAUUCUGGAGCAAACCCGGGUCCAGUGGGAGUUCCGUGGACCCGAGAGUCUAAAUCAGUGGAUCGUGUCAUCUGAUCAGGAGAUUGGGGGCUGCAGCGUGGCAUAUCUUAAAUUGAGCAAAAACGAUUCCACUUGUUUGCUAUAUGGGACAUUGUGCUCCACGCCUCCCCGUGAUGGAGAGACUCGAUACAGUGGAUACUGCACUCUGCGCUCCAAACAACUGCUGGCAUCAUUUGACAGAAAAAUGCACUGUGACUGGUCAAAUUUCAACACUUUACACAUGCGUAUCCGUGGAGAUGGGAGACCAUGGAUGGUAAACAUUUCAGCUGAGACCUACUUUUCUCAUCAGAGAGAUGACAUUUACAGUUAUUUUCUGUACACCAGAGGUGGACCUUUCUGGCAGGAUGUCAAGAUUCCAUUCUCCAAGUUUUUCCUUUCCAGUCGGGGAAGAAUACAAGAUGAUCAGCAUGCCCUCUGGUUAGACAAGGUUAAGAGUAUUGGUUUUACGUUGGGGGACAAAGCAGACGGCCCAUUUCAGCUAGAGAUUGACUUCAUCGCGCUUUAUAACGAUCGUGCCCACACAGAAGAGUUUGCAUAUGAGCUUUACAAGAGAAACCCAGAAGUCUGACUGGACUAAACU